AAUGAGCGCGCGAAGGAGGGGCGGGCGAGAGCGAGGUUUCUGGGCUGCGCUCUUUGCCCGCUGCGUUGCAUCUGGUGGCUGAGGCGGCGGGACCCCGGAGGAAGCCAUGGGGGCCUAUCUGAGCACCUUGGGAAGAGUUGCGCUCUCUCCAGUAUAUUUCGUGAUCAGCUUGAUCAUGAGAAUUUUCUCUAAGCCUCUGCCUCCCAUUACCCUGGAGAAUCCAGAUGUGAAAUAUGCUCUGCGACUGAUUGACAAAGAGGAGAUCAGUCAUGACACAAGAAAAUUCCGUUUUGCCUUGCCAUCCCCAGAACACAUUCUAGGCCUUCCUGUUGGGCAGCACAUCUACCUCUCUGCAAGAAUUGAUGGGAAUCUGGUGAUUAGGCCCUACACACCAGUCACCAGCGAUGAAGACAAAGGUUAUGUGGAUCUUGUUGUGAAGAUAUAUUUCAAAGGAGUUCACCCAAAAUUCCCUGAUGGAGGGAAGAUGUCUCAGUACUUGGAAAACCUAAAAAUAAAUGACACGAUUGAGUUUCGUGGACCCAGUGGACUGCUUGUCUACAAGGGGAAAGGCGUAUUUGCUAUUCGUCCUGAAAAGAAAUCUGAACCGGUUCUUAAACAUGUCAAAUAUGUGGGGAUGAUAGCAGGUGGAACAGGAAUUACCCCCAUGUUGCAGCUCAUUCGGGCUAUCAUGAAGGAUGAAGAGGAUCCCACCAUUUGCCAUUUACUCUUUGCUAACCAGACUGAGAACGACAUCCUGCUACGCCCAGAACUUGAGGAAGUGCAGGCUCAAUAUUCAAACCGUUUUAAACUGUGGUACACAUUGGAUAGAGCACCUGAAAGUUGGGAUUACAGCCAAGGAUUUGUGAACGAAGACAUGAUCAGGGACCACAUGCCCCCGCCCCAAGACGACGUUCUCAUCCUGAUGUGUGGCCCCCCGCCAAUGAUUCAGUAUGCUUGCAUUCCCAAUCUGGAUAAAUUGGGAUAUUCCAAAGAGAUGAGAUUUGCGUACUAAAGGGGAAUGGAGGCACGAUAACAUCAGAAUGUGUAAGUGGGGGAAACAAUGGAUGGAAGUGCAGGGAACAGCAGGGAACAAGGCAGAAAAAGUGCCUGGGGCAUAGAGGUGUGAAGCUGCGUUCAGAGAGACUGCCAAACUCUCUAUACAAGUUUGGUGUCUUCUUAUUAGUGACACGCUGAAAAUUUUGUAAUGGAUAUCUGUGAUGUAUAUGGUAUCUUUAGCUUCGCUAUGCUUAACAAAUCUGUUGUAAGGCCACUGGAUUAACUCUUUCACAAUAGAUAGGCAAAAUGUAGCCGGCCUCUUGCAUCACCAAAGAGUUUCUUACUGAUACAGCAGGCGUGCGUGAUAUGCAACUGUCAAGCACGCUUAUGUGAAGGAAGAGUUUUCUUGUCACAAAGCUAUACAAUGAGCAGUUUAAGCAUACACACUGAUCAAUAAUUGAAAUUUCAUUAUUGCCUUUAUUUGAAGAUUGGUGGUUUAGCCAGUUUGGGGGCGGGGGGGGGAGUGUUGCUUAGUUAAUGAAAAUACAUUAGAAACUUCUGUAUAUUGAGAACACACAGCUGAUUUAUUGUCUCACUACAGAGCAACGUCUUCCUUAAGUUUCUCUUGCUAAUCAUUCCCAAGUAAAGCUUUGUACACAAGUGUUCCUUAAAAUGCUUCCAACCUUCUUUAGUAGUGAAGUGUGCAAAACAGCCCAGUGCUAAACACAUUUCCAUGGAAAUAAGUCCCACUGAUUUUUUGAAAAUGGUAUUUCAGUUGUAAUUGUUUUUGGGAUGUCGGUCACCUUUGGAAUGCUGUGGGACAUCGGACAAUUACUUAAAGCUCUAAGUAUAUAUCUUCUUAAACUGUAAGCUUUACAACUGCCAGAAGACGACUUCUACAGAUUCCUGAGAGAUGUGCGUAAUACCUAUUAACUGCAGAGGUAUCGUGUGCAUUUUAACUAAUCUUUUUAUAUAGAUCUUUUUAUAAGUUGCUAAAUAGCGUUGUUAAAUAAAUUAAAAUUCUGUGGCCAGAUUCCCCCCAAAAUUAAUUCCACUGUGUGUGUGUGAUGAGGUCUCGCAUUCCUGAAUGAGUAAGUUCUAGUCUCUUCCAGGCGUCCUUUUUCUUAUCUGCCUGUGGUACUAUCCCACUGCGACAUUGGAAUAAAAAGCCACAUUGAAAUGAAGGGGAAACUCUGCAAGCUGCAGCUCCUCUUGGGUAUCUUCUAGUUAUUUCGGGGGGGGGGGGGCGGAUUGUGCAUGAACAACUUUUGGCAGACUCAUUAAAACUAGAACUGCAGCCUAGCAUCCCUCCCUGUGCCUGUGUAAUGAGUGUUUGCGGUUUCUCCUUCCACCUAGAGAGAGCAGGCUCCUGAGUCUAUUUGAGCAUGCUUCUGUCCUGUCCUGUAUGCUGAUUCUAAGGCUCUUCUAUAUCUUGCCCUGAAGCAUCCUGUGGGUUCAGUUGAUCAAUUCCAGGACUCCUGUGUGGCAGUACCAUACUUGCCCUUAUUGGGAGUGCUUUGAGGAACAAAAGUAAGCCACUACAUAUAUUUGCUGAAAUUUUUUGAGAAGGGAGUGGGAGGGGUUGCAGCCUGAUGGAAUGCUAGUCAGGUGUGCACAACUUAGGACCUGGAAAAUGCUAGUGGAAGAGCAAGAGGCUGAAGAAGAUAGAACAAAACACUAGAAUGGUUUUACUUCUGUGUGUGCUAAAUUCCUUGACUGAAACAACUCUUGCGGCAGAAAAUAAGCAAAGUCCAUGUAACAAUCUUUUUGCUUAAUAUUUUUGUAUAUCACUGUGGGCAAAAGGAACCUUAACUUUUUAAUAAAUGUAUUAUUUGAGGUGUUGAACAGCUCUGGCUCGCCUCACACAAACUGUUCUGUAGGACACAUCCUACCUGUUCAGCUAUUAAAUUUUCCAACUGCGACGUGGUAGAAAUAAAACUUUUUUUGCUUAUUGUUUACUUA